AUGAAGUUUGCAUCCCUUUUACUAGCUACCUCGGUAGUGUUCACCUCCCAAGUGCUUGCCAGUCCAACUAUUCAACCAGGAACACCUUCAGGGUAUCAAUGUUCCGGUCCUGCGGGAGUUACCAUACCAGGCUCUAGUGUGGUCACGACACUGGCCCCUUCGGAUAUCGAUGCUGCGGUCCCUAUAUUAAUGGAUUCGGAAGCUGCUACGCAGGAGAAGCGGGACUAUGUCCAUUGA